AUGCAAAGAAGCGAUGUCAGGCAGAUAUCCCUUCCAGAAGCUUUGGCGGAAGGUCAUCGUGCAUGGACAGCCAAGCUGCAAGUUUUGGCGAAGGUCAGGCUCUUUGACGAGAGCGACUCUCCCCUCAGAUUUUUCGAAGUUACGAAUGUGAUCCGCUGCGGUUUCACGGAUGCGGACGGGCAAGUUCACCCAGUCACCCCCGAGAAAGAUCUCCUUGUCGCCGUGGAACAUUGUCUACAGGACUACUCCGGACCUCACCCUCAGGCCGUGAAGUAUGCAAAGCGGCUGUGGGAAAGAAGCGCGUACCUGGCGCAGCGGCACUUUGAUAUCGAGGAGCACUUGGUCAUGCUCGAGGCACUAAAGCCGCUCUUCGCACAUUGGCUGGCGGAGCUGACACAACUCGCUGCACACGUCUCAACGCUUUGGAGCAUGCUUAAGGAGCCGCAGUUUGAGGAGGAUGCCUUGGGCGACCUGCCAGCCUUGUGCCCGGGGCACAGCCUGGGGCGCCUGCAGACAACGCUCGGGAAUUUUCAGACCGCGACGGCAGAGCAAAAGGCGGAGAUGCAGGAAGCUCUGGAGUGUCUACAGUUCUCUACAACUCUCCUCAAGAGUCUCUUCAUAGACGAUGACGUCAAUUCCGGCAUUAGACGGAGCAGUUCUGUGGGGCUGUCAGCUAUCGCCACCCGUCGUCGGUCACGUGCCUGCAGCACCGCCAGGCAUGUGAAGAAAGAGCUAGUGAGGGUCCAGGAACUGCUAGAGGCGUCCUCUGCGGCUGUCCUGUGGAACAAGCUCCGCACCUUGUCCGCGCCUAUCACCCGGCCUUUGGGCCAUCGGUGGGAGUUCCCUUCUCGACACCUUCCAGUUGGUGCGGAAGUCACUUUCGCAGCCAAAACCCUUCGCAUCGCUUCCUGGUGCAUUUGCGAGCCGGACGACGACAGCGCCUCUCUGAACCUGGAAGCGAUAACACAAGUGGCCCUGGAGCUUCUCAGCAAAAAGGACAUCCUUUGCCUACAAGGUUGCUGGCCGGAGCUUCUCGAGAUGUUGCACACGGAGCUCGGUGACAAAUUCGCCAUGCUUCGCAACAGCAGCAGUGACAAGGCCGGCUCACGUCACGAAGUGAGCGCAAUGACCCUGUCCGGAUGCACGGAGAGCAUGUCGCACCAGCCCUCGUGUCGAUGCCAGGCCCUGGUCUAUGACUGCGGUGUGCUUGCGGAACGCAGGUCAGCAAACUUGGGAUCCUUUGGCGAGGCAGUGAAACGUCUGAGCUGA